UACCAACCAAUCAACUUGUCAAGCCCGCACAAACCAUCACCAGGAGAGAAAGCGAGACCUCACUACCUUCCGAAAAUUUCCCCUCCUUUCCCUCCCCUACGGACUAACCAUCUCCCUCCUCGUUUUCAUCGCUCUCUCAUUCUUUCUCAUGGCGUCAAUCUCAGGUCUGUGUUCUUCAUCGUCAACAUUCAAACCAGAAAAAUUCAUCUCCAGAACAACAAAACCGACUUCAUCGCUCUCACUUCGCAAAGAAUUGCUUGCAUUUCCGAAUCGAUCGAAGCUCUCCGAUCGAUGUUGCGAUCGGACUUCGAAUCUUUCAGUUCAUUCCGUCGCUCGGGACAUUCCGGCGAGUCUGUCGAAGACCGACAACGAAAGUCCAUUCAACGAAAAGAAAGGGUUAGAGAAAGACGCCAGAGCGCUGUGGCGAAGAUACGUGGAUUUGUUGUACCAGCACAAGGAUUUAGGGUUGUAUUUGGAUGUGAGUAGGAUAGGAUUUACGGACGAGUUCUUGGAGGAGAUGGAGCCGAGGUUUCAGGCCGCAUUUCGAGCUAUGGAGGAACUCGAGAAAGGCGCGAUUGCGAAUCCUGAUGAGGGGCGAAUGGUCGGUCAUUACUGGCUGAGGAGUCCUCGGCUCGCGCCGAACUCGUUUCUGAGAUUGCAGAUUGAGAACACGCUUGAAGCUGUCUGCAAGUUUGCGGACGAAGUCGUCAACGGUAAGAUUAAGCCACCUUCUUCUCCAGAAGGCCCAGAAGGUCGGUUUACUCAUAUACUCUGUGUUGGGAUUGGAGGUUCUGCUCUUGGACCGCAGUUUGUUGCGGAGGCACUGGCUCCCGAUAAUCCUCCUUUGAAGAUAAGGUUCAUUGACAAUACAGAUCCAGCUGGCAUUGAUCAUCAAAUUGCACAGCUUGGCCUUGAGUUGGCUUCUACUCUUGUAGUAGUGACUUCAAAGAGCGGAGGUACUCCAGAAACUAGAAAUGGUUUAUUGGAAGUACAGAAGGCCUUUCGUGAAGCUGGCCUGGAAUUUGCAAAACAGGGUGUUGCUAUCACACAAGAGAAUUCAUUGUUAGACAAUACUGCCAGAAUUGAGGGUUGGUUAGCUAGAUUUCCUAUGUAUGACUGGGUGGGUGGUAGAACUUCUGAAAUGUCUGCAGUUGGUCUACUUCCAGCAGCACUUCAGGGAAUUGAUAUUAAAGAAAUGCUUGCUGGUGCAUCGUUGAUGGACGAGGCAAAUAGGACCACUGUGAUACGGAAUAACCCUGCAGCAUUGCUAGCUUUGUCCUGGUAUUGGGCUUCUGAUGGAGUAGGAUCCAAGGAUAUGGUUGUCCUUCCUUACAAGGAUAGCCUACUAUUAUUUAGUAGAUAUUUGCAGCAGUUGGUCAUGGAAUCGCUUGGGAAGGAAUUUGACCUUGAUGGUAAUCGGGUGAAUCAAGGUCUCAGUGUAUAUGGAAAUAAAGGGAGCACAGAUCAGCAUGCCUAUAUUCAACAACUGAGAGACGGUGUGCACAAUUUCUUUGUGACGUUCAUUGAAGUGUUACGCGAUAGACCUCCAGGUCAUGAUUGGGAGCUUGAGCCAGGGGUCACAUGUGGGGACUACCUGUUUGGAAUGCUACAGGGAACGAGGGCAGCUCUAUAUGCCAAUGACCGGGAGUCAAUUACAGUCUCCGUGCAGGAAGUCACGCCUAGAUCGGUGGGUGCUAUGGUAGCACUGUAUGAGCGAGCAGUUGGGAUAUAUGCUUCACUAGUCAACAUUAAUGCUUACCACCAACCUGGUGUGGAAGCUGGGAAGAAAGCCGCGGGAGAAGUGUUAGCUCUUCAGAAGCGGGUUCUUUCAGUACUUAAUGAGGCCAGCUGUAAAGAGCCCGUUGAGCCAUUGACACUUGAGGAAGUAGCCGAACGCUGCCAUGCUCCUGAAGAUAUUGAAAUGAUAUACAAGAUUAUCGCACACAUGGCUGCCAAUGAUAGAGCGCUUAUUGCUGAAGGGAGUUCUGGUUCACCUCGGAGCAUAAAAGUUUUCCUCGGGGAGUGUAAUGUCGAUGCAUUGUAUGAAUAAGUUUUAUUUACGAAUCCACUUUUCGAAUUGAAUGUGUGUUUCUGAGUUCAAACAAUGAGGCUCCAAUCAAAUUGGUUUUGACCUUGAACUAAGUUGUUGUUGUUGAGAACCAAAGAGAUUUUAUUGAAAUAAUCAAGAAAUAAAAAGUUGUUUCUCGUGCUCUA